CAAGGAAGAGGCUUGGUAACUUGUUGUACAGAUAGAGAGAAUAUGAGAGAGAGAAGGGGAGUCAGAGAGAGGAGCGAUGGAUUCGGAGCUAGAGGAAGAAGGACAUCAUGGAAUUGGGAAAGAUUCAAUCAAAGGAGAGGGAUCCGUCAGGAGCAGAAACACGAGGCAGAAGCAGCUCACAGGAACAGACGGAGGAACCAAGACAUCUGGGGCUACGAUCGACGUAUAUACAACCAAGCCACUGUCUUCUUCUUCACAAACUUUCCUGACGAAUGGAGCUAUGAAAACAUGUGGCAAACUUUCCGAAGAUUUGGAAGAGUAUUGGCCAUUUAUAGCCCACCGAGGAGAACAAGGAGGGGGAGCAGGUUUGGUUUUGUCAGAUUCCUGGAGGUUAAAGAUGAAUGGGAACUGGAGCACCAAUUAGACCAGAUCCGAAUAGGAGACUUCAAACUUUGGGUCAAUAGACCAAAGUUUACGGAAAAGGAAAGCCACAGAGAUUCGGACCAUAGGCUUUGCAAAAAAGAAGGUGUAAGAGGGCAAAGGUCCUAUGCCGAUGUUGUGAAGGGAAACAGCGAAGAAGAGUCAAAUCGGGUGAAUAAACCAGAAGCAACAAGAGAUCCAUCUCUAUGGCAACAAAAGAGAGGCGACAGGAAAAAAAGCCAGUCACAAGUCUGGUUACCGAAGGACAAAGAACAGGUGAAGCAUAGCUUAGAGUUCAAGGUGCAGGAGGAAGACUUAUCUUGGCUGGAAGGAUGCUACGUUGGGGUAGCUCACUCAGUAGAGAUAAUCCCGAACUUACAGGAAAAAUUCUUUAUGGAAGGCUACUUCUCCUGUAAAGUAAGAGCAAUGGGAGGAAAACUAGUGCUAUUUGAGGGAGGAGACAAAGAGGAGAUUAAGGAUCUGGUUGAACAGGCAUCUCAAUGGCUAGGACAAUGGUUUUCGGAGGUUAAUCCUUGGAAUACAUCAAUGGUUUCCAGAGAAAGAUUUGUCUGGUUACGAUGCCAAGGGGUUCCAGCCCAUGCGUGGAGACCGGAUUUCUUCGCCGCAAUUGGCGCAGUAUGGGGUAAAUUCAUCACUUUGGAUGACAGCACCAGUCUGAAGAAAAGAUUGGACAUUGGACGCCUCCUGAUCUCCACUUCAGCAAUGGAGUUCAUUUCGAAGGUCAUGAAUGUCAAAGUUAAUGGAGAGCCUUUCAUCAUUAAAGUUAUGGAAGAAGAGGCCUCAAAUGGCAUUUUUUCUAUGAAAUCAGAUCAUUUGUUUAACUUGAUGAGUGAAUCUGAUAAUGAUGCUUUGGAAUCAUGGUCUGUGGAUAGUGAUUUUGAUAAUGAAAUUAUGGAGUCCGUCCAAGAAGGCGGUGGGUCUAAGGGGGUUCGGAGCUUGCUGGAUGGAAAGUUGGAAGAAGAUGACGUGGAUGAGGAUGACAUAGAGACGGACACGGAAUCAAGGGGUGAGCUGGCUCAUAUCCGUUGGAAGAAGGAGCGGCAAAAUGGAAAAGAAGACCAGAUUUCGGUUGUGAAUGACGUCUCGUUUAAUGCUGAAGGUUACCAAGAAGAUUUAGCAGAAAGCGGGGAAAAGAGAGAUCAUUUUCAAAACCCCGGAAAUCUUGACAUGACGCCAGCAGAUUGGGUAACAGUGCCUGAAACCCAACCAAUCGGUCAAAAGAAACAACAUCCGAGGGGUGAGGACGUUGGGCCAUACAAGCAUGCAAACCCAAUAGAUCAAGAUGGACGCGGGACCAAAAUAAUCUCAGAAUUAGCCCAACAGGAGCUUUACGGGCCAGUGAUCAGAGGGCCAAAUGCUGUGGAAGUUUGUCACUCGAGGGAGGAUGUGGGGGCUAAUCCAAUAAACUCUAAUUGUGCUGAUGUGGAAGCAUCAUCUCAGAAGGACCAAGAGAAGGAAAAUAGUAGCACCGGCUCGAGACCUUCCCAGAGGGCGCAGAAGGAGCAUAGUUUCUGGGAAGGCUUCAUGACUGAAUCAGGAACUGAAAAAGAGUGGAUGGGGCGAAAUCUUAGGAGGAUAAGCAAAUUUAGGAAGAAGAAAAGCAGAUCCUGCGGGUCGGUGUACAGACAAGGUGCAAAAAGAUCAAAAGAAAGGGAAGCCGAAGAGGGGAGGCCAAAAUUCCAUCCGGGAUCCCAAAACCAAGUCGCAGGAGAAUCCGUCAACGAUAGCGGAAUCGGAAACAGAAAUGAGAUCCUAAAGAGAGCACAGGAACCGUGUAUCGCAGAGAGGAUCUGGGAGUUUGCAAAGGAAAUCGGAGCAGGUCACAAGGGCAAUGAGCAUGAGGUAAUUCGAAGGAUAAAGGACAUGGAGGAAAGGGACAAGGAGCUGUUCAGGAUAUCAAAGGUUAGUACUGAUGUUCUUGGGGGGACGGAGGGUCGUAAAUUCACUUGGUAUCAGCCAAAUGGAACAGUUAUGAGUAGGUUGGACAGGUUCCUGCUCUCCGAACAAUGGGGUCUCAAUUGGGGGGAUGUCAAACAAUGGGGAUUGAAGCGAACAAUAGCGGAUCACAGUCCAAUUUUACUAAAAAAUCAAACAAUCGAUUGGGGCCCCAAACCUUUCCAAUUUUUUGAUAUGUGGAUCGAAAUUCCAGAGUUCAAGGAGUUAGUGAGAAGAACAUGGAGGUCGACAGAGAUCACAGGAUGGCACGGUUACCGUCUAAAAGAAAAACUUAAGGAAACUAAGAAUGUUCUGAAGGUCUGGAGUAAGAGUAUUAUGCCUGAGGUGGACUCCAACAUUCAAAAAUGCAAGGAGUCAAUUGCGGCUUUGGACCUGAAGGCAGAAACAUCCGCGCUAUCGGCUGAGGAAGUGGAUCUGAGAAAGAACAGCUUUUUACAAUUGUGGAGAUGCCAGAAAAUGAAGGAGAGCAUGUGGCGUCAAAAAGCUAGGAAGUCAUGGAUGAAAGAUGGGGACGCGAUCACCAAAUUUUUUCAUAGAUGUGUUAAGGGAAGAAGGAGAAGGAACGAGAUAGUUAGUAUUCAAGUGGGAGACAAAGUCACGGACCAGGUUAAUGAGAUCAAGGAAGAGGUGGCCAACUAUUUCGAGAAGAUAUUCUCAGAAGACAGAUGGCAGCGCCCCCACCUCGAUGGGAUUGCAUUUAAAAUGAUCUCGGAGGAUGAGAAUUCUCUAUUGCUUGCUCCGUUCAGUGAAGAGGAGGUAAAGCAAGCGGUAUGGAAUUGCGACUGCUCUAAAGCACCAGGACCAGACGGUUUCAACUUCAGGUUCGUAAGAGAAAUGUGGGAGGAAAUCAAGGAUGACAUGAUGGGCUAUGUGGAAGAUUUUUACAAGCACGGGAAACUGGUCAAAGGGAUAAACAGUUCGUUCAUCGUGUUGAUCCCCAAAGUGAUAAAUCCCCAAAAAAUAGAGGAAUUCCGCCCCAUAUCCUUGAUUGGGGUGAUGUAUAAGGUGAUAGCAAAGCUCCUUGCUAAUAGACUCUGUGCAGUGGUGGACAAAAUAAUAGGAGAAUGCCAAAUGGCGUUUGUUGGAGGAAGACAAAUGGCGGACAGCAUUGUUAUUGCCAACGAAAUAAUUGAUGAAGCAAAGAGAAAGAAGAAAGCUAGUUUUGCAUUGAAAGUAGACUUCGAAAAGGCGUAUGACAAUGUAUAUGAUACAAUCCUGUUUGGUAAAGCAGAGGAAGAGAAUAUAUGGGCAGCAAAGAGUAUCAUGAGAACCUUCGAGUUGGUGUCGGGUUUGAAGAUUAACUUCGGAAAAAGCCAGCUCAUGGGCAUAAGUGUUUCAGACGAAUGGAAGACAAAGAUGGCUUAUAUAUUGAAAUGUAAGCUAGGAGCCUUUCCCUGUAAGUACCUUGGAGUACCAAUAGGAGGCAACGGUAGAAACAUUAAGGUAUGGAAACCUUUAAUCGAGACUUUUAAGAGGAAAUUGUGCUCAUGGAAGGGCAGGUUCUUAUCCCUUGGCGGAAGAAUCACACUCCUCAACUCCGUGCUAUCCAACAUUCCGGUUUACCUCAUGUCAGUACACUUGCUCCCUAAAGGCGUGAUCCUCAGCCUUGACAAAAUUCGUAGGAACUUCCUAUGGGGGGGUGAAGAGGGGAAGAGAAAAACCAGCUGGGUUUGUUGGGAUAUGGUAUGUAAAAGCAAAAUGGAGGGUGGGCUCGGAGUGAAAGAGUUGAGAAGCUUCAAUCUCGCAUUGUUGGGCAAGUGGUGGAGCAGGUUAGCAAGUGGGAAUAAUGGCCUUUUUUGUAGGAUCAUUGAAGGAAAAUAUGGGAGUGUGGACAGCCAUUGGCUUGAGUGGGUUCAAGAGAAUGGCCUUAAGGGAUCAAGCUGGUGGAGGAACAUUUGCAAGCUAGACCACAUUGCGCAGAAUAAAAGGGGAUGGCUCAGUGACGGAUUUAAUCUUAAAAUGGGAGAAGGGAACACUGUGAGAUUCUGGAAGGAUAUGUGGACUGGGAACCAAUCUCUUGCUGACCAAUUCCCUGCACUGUUUCGGGUGUCCUCAAGGAAAGAAGACAGAAUCUGUAAUAUGGGUGAAUGGAGGGAUGGCAAAUGGGAAUGGUUUGUACGGUGGAGAAGAUCACUAUUUGAAUGGGAGAAAAAUAAGUGGUCUGAGCUCCAAGCUUUACUGGACAUCUCCAAACCUGUACAAGAGCAGAAAGACAAGUGGGAAUGGAAGCAUGAUAAAGAUGGUGUGUAUACAGUCAAAACAGCAUACAGGGUGAUCUCAAGCAACAAUGGUCAUGGGAAAGCAUGGAUUUUCAAAAGGAUAUGGAGCAGGUUAGUUCCAUCAAAGGUUAGUGCCUUCGCUUGGCAACUCAUUCAAGACAGAAUCCCCACUAAAAUCAACUUAUUCAGAAGGGGCAUUAUCACUGAUACUAACCUAGUGCUAUGUGGAUUGUGUGGGGAAAGCACAGAAGACAGCAAUCACCUGUUUAUUCACUACAGAAAUACUUGCUCGGUGUGGCAAAAAUGCUUGCAAUGGUGGGGGAUUUCAACGGUUAUGCCGAACACAUGCCAUGAAUCCUUCGAGCAACACCAAUCCUAUUUCAAAGAAUCAUCAGUGAGAGCAGGGUGGGAUGUGGUUUGGUUAGCAUUCACAUGGUCCAUAUGGAUGGCAAGGAAUGGGAAGAUUUUUAAGAACUCUGUUUAUGAAGACAACAGAAUUUUCGAACUUGUUCAACUCAGAGCUUUCAACUGGAUCAAAGGUAAAGCAAAUGGUUAUUCUUUUACCAUGUAUGAGUGGAUGAUGGAGCCAGUGUUGUGCGUUAAAGCUAAACGGAAGAAGUAACCCGGACUUGCAAGAACAAAAUGUUUCUGCAGGUAUUUUUGUGACUGAACCGUUCUGAACCUCAGCUUGCAGCUAAAUGGUUCCGAUAGGGUCAGGAACAGUGCUGCUGGUUUUUGUCCAGCUAUUGUAAUUUGUUUUAAGGGCAGGGGUACCCCUUGUACUCCA